GUGAAAAAUUGAUGCAUAUGUAUAAGCGGAUAUCUGUAAUGAAUAUAAUGAAAGGGAGGAAUAUUUGAAGAAUUUAUAAAAUUUUGAUAUCGAGUUGCUUUCUAUAACCUUAAAUUCUUAGGAAGUGUCCGGGUAACCUCCAUGCAAUUACUCUGCUCUGUCUAAGAGACCAAAUUCGGUAUUUGGAAGCUAUUCCAAUUUUCGAAUAUUUUCGCAAGUAGGUACUGAAGUCCUAUCCUGACAGGAAUGACGCGAUUUUUACAUGCUAGAAGAACAUGUUUGAACAAAGAUGGGUGGUGAAACUUUCAAUUGAUUAGAUUUGAAAUACUUCGUUAUGAGUGAAAUUUGUUGAAAAAAAAAAUCUGAUCCUAAACUAAAAGUGGAGUUUAUCCAUUCGAGGGGUAUCAUAAAUUAACACACCAAACAGAAAUCCUGCAGCAAAUGUUAACUAUUUUUAAAAUUAUAAUUCAUAUUAAACCAGAACAUAAUUAAACUCUUAUAUAUAGGUAUUACCUUUCAACAAAAUCAGUGGCUCAAUACAAAACGAGUACCAAAUGAGGCAACACGGCCAAAAGAAAAAGAUUUUGUUUAAAGAGCAUUGCUGAGCAUCGAUUGUUGCUUUUUCUACACCCAAAAAAAGAAAAGAAAAGAAAAAUAGCUGAACGUUUUGGUGCGACCUGGAAGUAAAUUUUGGGUUAUUAAUGAGUGUUUUUAACUCUUAACUUAAAGCUCAUAAGAAUCGAACUACAUAUAUCAGCACCAACAUGUGAAAAGGGUAUAAAAGACAAAGUAAACAAAACCCGUUUUCAGGGGAUUUAAAUAGCUCAUUAUGAGCUCUACUUAACACAAAAAUUGUUUUUAGCUUUUCAGUUUUCGUAAGAUUUAUAAUGCAGUUUGAGUAAAGGAUCUAAAAAAUUAGAGCCAUAAAAUGACAUUAUCCUCACACAGAUUAUUUUAUACACCCUUUACUCCACAACAAAGCAAACGGUCUAGAUGCAAAAAAUUAAAAGGGGAAGAAUGCGGAAAGCUAUUCACUCACUCCUGUAGCUAGAACCAUAAGCCUUUGUAAAAAAAAAUAGGGCAAAUUUUAUCUUAAUCUCACUCACACAUAUGAGACAUACAGUACAAAGCAAAGGGUGUAUAAAACAUUUAGACGAAUUUCAUACUCCAGCUAGGGUCUAUAAACAAUUGCGAGCUAUUUUUCCAUGAUUACACCGUCGUAUCGAUAAAAACAUAUUUAGAAUGAUCCUACGCACCGUUUUAACCACAUAGAUUUGGAAGAUUCCUCGUGAAUUUAAAUUAGCUAUUUAAAACAGAUUGCAAAAUUUUCAAACGCGUUUUUCUCGAAACGUCAUAAAUGAACAUAGACCCUUUUCACGUGUUGGUGCUGAUAUGAUUUGAACCUCGGUCAUACUUAAUUUUGAGUUAAAAAAAAAGGAGCGUGCACGUGUUUCACAAACAAAUCUGGGCACCUGGCAACCCAGUCUGGCAUCCAAGUUUAUGGCCGAUCUCGCCUCGCCAGAGAAAACAGAAAGUUAGCAUAAAUAUAAAAUUUUAUUCGAAGUUAGCCAAUUUAUUACAAUUUUCUACUUGCUGAACAGGCGAAAAUUUAAACAUAAAUUGUGAACAGUGAAAACCAGUAAAUUGCCCGUUGAGCCUUACGAUGGACUCAAGUAACGGUCGUGAGAAAGUAGAGCUAAACAAUUUGGUGAAAAAUAUCGUAAAAACAUUGCUGACUACUUCAAAAUACUUUCACUGCCCGUUUUGUGCGGAUGAAUAUUUAUUCGAAUUCACAUUGCGGCAUCAUUUGUUCAAAAGUCACGAAGAAGAUUUAUCUAAAAUAGUCCAAUCUCCAGACUCCAGUAUCAAAUUCUGUGGUAGCAAUAUUUGUCCUUAUUGUGGAUCGCUGUUUUACUAUUUAUCAGCUCUUCCAAAACAUAUUUUGAACAGUCACAGUCGUGAUUGUUUAAUCAAAUGGCAAACCAUCGAAAAAGAGAACAGUCUGCGGAAAAAGUAUGCUGCCGAGCCAAGCAUCAAAUGUGUGCCUUGCUCUCCGGGUUUAAGUGAUCUUUUCGAAGAACUAAGCACAAAUUCCGGGAGGAAAAAAAACAGAAACUAUCGUCGCAAAGCGUCUCCCUUAUACAAAUCCGCAUUGAAGAAUGCCAAUCGAAUAUCAGCUUCCAAGCUCCACACACCGGAAGAAUCGUGGGUAAGUUGUGAUUUUGAAUUUACAUCGGUCUCACGACCUUCAACAAGUGCUCGAAGAGAACUUCAAUUCGAUGCAUUGCUCAAUGCUGACACGAGUGCUACGGAUAUCUCAGCACAUUCCAACGUAAAGAAAUCAAAAAAACAGCGGAGAAAAUUUUCGUUCAAAUUUCUGAAAACUAAGCUUAACUUUAGGAAGUACGUUAUAUCGAAAUUUACCAAAAAGUAUCACUGUAAAAUUGUAACAAGCACGCCGAAUAACUUCCUGGAUGACUCUACCAGAGGUGAUGAACGCAUUUAUAAUCAAGAACGUUGGAAUAGGAUCCACUUGGAUGAUAGUUUGUAAGUUUUUGGAAGUAUUAACUAAGGAAUGUUAGUAUUGAUUGAGGUAUAAGCAGUGGUAUAAGUUUGAUCUUUUUUCUAUUUUAAAGGAAAUACUCAACAAAAAAUUUUCCGGGAAAAUAUUUUGACUUAUUAACACGUUUCGAGAGUCUGCUUUUUGGCAAAUAAAAAAAAAUAAAAAAAAUGUUAUUUUACGUGGUAUUCUAAGAAGUAGCAAAAAGAAAUCAUUUCAAGUAAGAAACAGGUAGACAGAGAGGUGA